GAACAACAAUAAACGGCUGAAGCCCUCGGCGCAGACAAGUGGAUUAUACAUAAAACAUUUCCUUAAAAAACAUAAAUACAUUUUCCAGAGAAUGGAUCCUGUAGACGACAGCCCUCCAUCCGGUGUUACCGAAGAGAAGACUGCUGCGCAAAAACGAGCUGAAAUUCGGAGACGAAAAUUGCUGAUGAAUUCCGAGGACAGAAUGAAUAAAAUUGUUGGCAUGAGUAAACACGAAGGAGAAAACAACGAAGCUUCCGGACGAGUCAGGGAGCCGAGAUUCCAUUUGGAUCUAGACAGGAAUGAGACCUCCUCACCCUCCAUCUCCUCCAAAAGACUCUCUCCCUACCUCUCCGAAACAGUGGGCAGCAGUGGUACGCCGAGCGGGACCCCAGAGAGGAGAGGGUCUCCCCAGCCCGAGAGCAGUGAGGUUCUUAGUGGUGGAGUCAGAGGUGAGGAUGUGGCCAGGGGAGGACAGCAGAGGCCGUGGGGGGAGCUGUCAGGAGACGAACACUCUCGUGGUCCACGCAGGAGGUUACAGAAAUACCUGUCGCGCUUUGAUGAUGCGGUCAAGCUCAGAGGCCAGAUAGCCAAUGAGAAAACAGCCCAGGGCGGUAAUUCAGACCCAGAGGAGCUGGACUCCUUCCGGCUCUUUCGGCUGGUCGGCAGUGUCACGCUGGCCCUGUUUGUCAGGAUCUUUGUUUGCAAGUAUUUGUCCAUAUUUGCACCAUUUCUGACCCUUGAGCUGGCCUACAUGGGCUUACACAACUAUUUUCCAAAGGUGGAGAAGAAGGCGACCACCACUGUUCUCACAGCUGCACUCCUGCUCUCCGGGAUUCCAGCGGAGGUGAUUAAUCGUUCCAUGGACACUUACAGGAAAAUGGGUGACGUCUUUGCCGAUCUUUGUGUCUACUUCUUCACCUUCAUCCUGUGUCAUGAGCUUCUCCUGCUCUUUGGCUCUGAAAUGCCCUGAUGGACGGAUCAGAUGACUGGGUGUGCUCACCUCCCCCCCUGCUUCAUUAGUGACUCAGAUGCACACUACAUGCUCUCCUCCUCUCCUCCAGAGGGAGACUGAUUAUGUCCACCAUUCAACAGAAAGCCUUUUGUGCGUGGGACUAAGAGGUGAAAGGGUUUUUCUUCUGUGUGUGUGUGUUUUGGAAGAUUCAGACACCACGGAAGCUGCUCGAAGUUUCAGGUUUUUCACUGACGUCUUUUCAGCGGUGCAGGGCCCAGUGAUGGCUUGUUUGAUAUAUUCCAUGUGUGGAUCAUGGUUUUCUGUGUUUCUUAGUCUGCUGAAUGCAGUUUAAUUUUGUAAAGGUGCAAAGCUUUGUGGCUGUUGUUGAAUGUGCAUUAAUCACGUAGUGAGAGAUUACAGAUGCCUGUGAACAGUGGGUUCUGCGUGGACAGAACUGUGUAAGAUAGUCAUGCUGUUUAAAAUGCAUAGGGAAAUGUGAAUGUGUGGAGAUGGGUCUGUCGCCUUAUUCAUCAUCAGUCAUAUGUACCCUACUGCAUGUCAUUUUCUGUUGAUUCUGUGUUGAAACUGAAUUCAAAUUAAAUUAUUCCAGUUGCUGAGGUUUGACCUCGAGCUUGGACGUUGCCGAGUGACUGUUCUUUUUGCGGGGCCCAGCACCGCUGGGCUGUCAUCACUCUAACUGUUAGUAUUAUUUUUCCAGAGGGGCGGAGGCCCAUUCCACCUGACUCAGUUUGAUUUUUCUUCUUCUUUGUGGAUGUUAAUGACAAAGCACGUGGUCAGUUUUUCUGAAAUCUGGCACGCUGAUCGAUGGUCUUGCCAGUGUAACCCGGAAUGUUUUGAUGUUGACAGUAAUACCCCGGCCGACUUCCUGUCCUUAAAAUGUGGAGAUAACAUAUUUUGCUCCUUCCUACGACUCUGGAAGUUCUCUCUGUUGUACAUUUUUGUAAGUUUGGCCUUGACGUGCGCAGUCCACUAUUUUGGGUUUUUGGAAAUGAGUCCAAACCAGACGAAUGCUGUGAGGCCACAGUAACCACUCACACACAGAGCCACCUGCACCACUAAAGGCUAAUGUUUUCAAACAGAGUGUU